UGCGGCUCACUCUCCUGCCCACCCCGACCCCGUGCCUCUUCGUGCUGGAGGAGCCAGGACCGCCGGCGGCCUCUAGGGUCCAGCGGCGCCUCCGCCUGCGAAGCGCCUGCUCCCCGGUUUCUUCCGCAACCCAGGAACACUGAGAAGUGGUUCUCCCGGGGCUACCAGCUGAAGAGCUGCUACUGGGCACAGGCCCCACCAUCAUGGGCACCCCAGAGGGCCGCUUCCACUUUGCCAUCGACCGUGGAGGCACCUUCACAGACGUCUUUGCCCAGUGCCCUGGUGGGCACGUGCGGGUCUUGAAACUGCUCUCAGAGGAUCCUGCUAACUAUGCAGACGCACCUACUGAGGGCAUCCGCCGCAUUCUGGAGCAGGAGGGGGGCAUGCCACUGCCCCGGGACCGGCCGCUGGACACCAGCCGCAUUGCCAGCAUCCGCAUGGGCACUACAGUGGCCACCAAUGCACUGCUGGAGCGGCGGGGGGAACGGGUGGCACUGCUGGUGACACGCGGCUUCCGAGACCUUCUGCACAUUGGCACCCAGGCCCGUGAGGACCUCUUUGACCUGGCCGUGCCCAUGCCUGAGGUGCUGUAUGAGGAGGUGCUGGAGGUAGAUGAGCGCGUGGUGCUGUAUCGAGGGGAGCCAGGCGCCGGGACGCCCGUCAAAGGCCGCACAGGGGACCUGCUGGAAGUGCAGCGGCCGGUGGACCUGGGGGCCCUGCGUGGGAAGCUGGAAGGGCUCCUAUCUCGAGGCAUCCGCAGCCUGGCUGUGGUGCUCAUGCACUCGUACACGUGGACACAGCACGAGCAGCAGGUGGGUGCACUGGCCCAGGAGCUGGGCUUCACUCAUGUGUCCCUGUCCUCUGAGGCCAUGCCCAUGGUGCGCAUCGUUCCUCGGGGGCACACGGCCUGCGCCGAUGCCUAUCUCACGCCCACUAUCCAGCGCUAUGUGCAGGGCUUCCGCCGAGGCUUCCAGGGCCAGCUCAAGGAUGUGCAGGUGCUGUUCAUGCGCUCUGAUGGCGGCCUGGUGCCCAUGGACACCUUCAGCGGCUCCCGUGCUGUGCUCUCAGGCCCCGCUGGUGGUGUAGUUGGCUACUCAGCCACCACUUACCAGGUGGAGGGUGGCCAACCUGUCAUCGGCUUUGACAUGGGAGGCACAUCCACGGAUGUGAGCCGCUAUGCUGGGGAAUUUGAACAUGUCUUUGAGGCCAGCACAGCUGGUGUCACCCUCCAGGCUCCUCAGCUGGACAUCAACACAGUGGCCGCUGGGGGAGGCUCCCGUCUCUUCUUCAGGUCUGGCCUCUUUGUGGUUGGGCCCGAGUCAGCAGGAGCUCACCCAGGCCCUGCUUGCUACCGCAAAGGGGGCCCUGCAACAGUGACGGAUGCUAAUCUGGUCCUGGGUCGCCUGCUGCCUGCCUCCUUCCCCUGCAUUUUUGGGCCGGGCGAGGAUCAGCCGCUAUCCCCCGAGGCCUCCCGUAAGGCCCUGGAGGCUGUGGCCACUGAGGUUAACAGCUUUCUGACCAACGGGCCCUGCCUGGCCUCCCCGCUGAGCCUGGAGGAGGUGGCCAUGGGGUUUGUGCGUGUGGCCAACGAGGCCAUGUGCCGGCCCAUCCGUGCACUCACGCAGGCACGAGGCCAUGAUCCCUCAGCCCAUGUGCUGGCCUGCUUCGGGGGAGCUGGUGGGCAGCAUGCUUGUGCCAUUGCUCGGGCCCUAGGCAUGGACACAGUGCACAUCCACAGGCAUAGUGGGCUGCUGUCGGCACUGGGCCUGGCCCUGGCAGACGUGGUGCAUGAGGCACAGGAGCCCUGUGCCCUGUCCUAUGCACCUGAGACCUUCGUGCAGCUGGACCAGAGGUUGAGCCGCCUGGAGGAGCAGUGUGUGGAUGCCCUACGGGCCCAGGGCUUUUCCAGGUCCCAGAUCAGCACUGAGAGUUUCCUGCACCUGCGCUACCAGGGCACGGAUUGUGCCCUAAUGGUAUCUGCCCACCAGCACCCGGCCACAGCCCGCUCACCCCGGGCUGGCGACUUCGGGGCAGCCUUCGUGGAGAGGUACAUGAGGGAGUUUGGCUUUGUCAUCCCUGAGCGGCCAGUGGUGGUGGACGACGUGAGGGUGAGGGGCACUGGUCACAGCAGGCUUCGCCUUGAGGACACCCCUAAAGUCCAGACUGGACCUCCCCGGGUAGACAAGAUGACCCAGUGCUACUUUGAGGGGGGCUACCAGGAAACCCCUGUGUACCUAUUAGGAGAGCUGGGCUAUGGGCACAAGCUUCAGGGGCCCUGCCUCAUCAUCGACAGCAACAGCACCAUCCUGGUGGAGCCAGGUUGCCAGGCAGAGGUGACUGAGACAGGAGACAUCCGCAUCUCUGUGGGGGCCGAAGCCUCCGGCACAGUGGGCACUCAGGUUGACCCCAUCCAGCUGUCCAUCUUCUCACACCGUUUCAUGAGCAUUGCUGAGCAGAUGGGCCGUAUCCUGCAGCGCACAGCCAUCUCCACCAACAUCAAGGAGCGCCUUGACUUCUCCUGUGCCCUCUUUGGGCCUGACGGGGGGCUGGUCUCCAAUGCUCCCCACAUCCCUGUGCAUCUUGGUGCCAUGCAGGAGACUGUGCAGUUCCAGAUCCAGCACUUGGGUGCUGACCUCCACCCUGGUGAUGUGUUGCUGAGUAACCACCCCAGUGCAGGGGGCAGCCAUCUUCCAGAUCUGACUGUCAUCACACCGGUGUUUUGGCCAGGUCAGACACGGCCUGUGUUCUAUGUGGCCAGCCGAGGGCACCACGCAGACAUUGGGGGCAUUACCCCAGGUUCCAUGCCCCCCCACUCCACCUCGCUGCAGCAGGAGGGGGCCGUCUUCCUGUCUUUCAAACUUGUCCAGGGGGGCGUCUUCCAGGAGGAGGCGGUGACUGAGGCCCUGCGUGCACCAGGCAAGAUCCCUAGCUGUAGUGGAACCAGGAAUCUGCAUGACAACCUGUCAGAUCUUCGUGCCCAGGUGGCAGCCAACCAGAAGGGCAUCCAGUUGGUGGGGGAGCUCAUCGGGCAGUAUGGUCUGGACGUGGUGCAGGCUUACAUGGGCCAUAUUCAGGCAAACGCUGAGUUGGCAGUUCGUGACAUGCUGAGGACCUUUGGAAGUUCCCGGCAGGCCCAGGGCCUGCCCCUGGAGGUGUCUGCAGAGGACCACAUGGACGACGGUUCCCCCAUCCACCUCCGUGUGCAGAUCAACCCGAGUCAGGGCAGUGCCGUGUUUGACUUCAGCAGCACUGGGCCUGAGGUAUUUGGCAACCUCAACGCACCUCGGGCCAUAACGCUGUCCGCCCUCAUCUACUGCUUACGCUGCCUAGUAGGCCGGGACAUCCCGCUCAACCAGGGCUGCCUGGCACCAGUGCGGGUGGUGAUUCCCAGAGGUUCCAUCCUGGACCCCUCCCCUGAGGCGGCGGUGGUGGGCGGCAAUGUGCUCACGUCGCAGCGUGUGGUAGACGUCAUCCUGAGGGCCUUUGGAGCCUGCGCAGCUUCCCAGGGCUGCAUGAACAACGUGACCCUGGGCAACGCCCACAUGGGCUACUAUGAGACAGUGGCAGGCGGCACAGGCGCGGGCCCUGGCUGGCACGGGCGCAGUGGUGUGCACAGCCACAUGACCAACACGCGCAUCACCGACCCUGAGAUCCUGGAGAGCCGGUACCCGGUCAUCCUGCGCCGCUUCGAGCUGAGGUCGGGCUCUGGGGGCCGAGGCCGCUUCCGGGGCGGUGACGGUGUGAUCCGAGAGCUGCUUUUCCGCGAAGAGGCUCUCCUGUCGGUGCUGACCGAGCGCCGUGCCUUCCGGCCUUACGGCCUCCACGGGGGCGAGUCUGGUGCCCGCGGCCUAAACCUGCUGAUCCGUAAGGAUGGCCGGGCAGUGAAUCUGGGUGGGAAGACGUCGGUGCCCGUGUACCCGGGGGAUGUAUUCUGCCUCCACACGCCCGGUGGCGGGGGCUACGGGGACCCGGAGGACCCGGCCCCAUCGCUGGGGUCGCCCCCGCAACCCCUGGCCUUCCCGCAGCGCGGCAGCGUCUAUGAUUACCGCCGGGCCCAGGAGGCUGUGUGAGAGCCUCCACAAUAAAGAUCCCUUCAGUCGCCCGGUUCUCAGGGCGCGGCUACCGGGCC